AUGAAAAGAUGUGGUCCAACACCAGCUUUGACUACCUUCGUCGCUUACGCUCCAACAUCAAGCUACGAAGAAGAAGAAGUCGAAGCUUUCUAUAUGGAACUGGAGAAGUUCUACAGAGAAGAUCAUGCCUUCUACAAGGUCAUAUGUGGGAUUUCAACGCCAAAUUUCGCCCAAGAAGAACGCCUGAGGAACUUCACAUCGGGACUCACGGCCUACAAUGGAGUGAACAGCAAGAAGGCUCUCGAGUUCAUUAUGACGACUAAGACCAUCCAUGAGAACUCGCAAUUCCAGAAGCCCUUCUCCCUGUGCUGGAUGUGGGAGUCUCUCGGUGGAGGGUACCGUAAUGAAAUUGACCAUAUCAUCGGGAUCGGACCAUCGCCUCCACCGAGGAAGAUUUUCCUUCAUAAGGAGAGCAGAGAAAGCCGCCAGGUUCAGAGAGAGAAAUCCCAGGACUAUCAUCAACUGGGAUCUCUUCCCUACGCUAGCCGGCUUUUGGGAAGAUUCCGCAAUGGACAAUAUCGACGAGACGACGACUCAGUUGAGACGGAAGCGGUCGUGGAAGCCUUGGACAAAGAAGGCGUCCCCACUCAGUACAUAAAGGUACUUCGAGAGUCGUACAGUAACUUCACGACCGGAAUUUCGCCAUUCUACAAGAACAUAAUCAUUGACGUGAAGAAGGGGUUCCGACAGGAGCAUCGAGGAUGUAGUAAAGAAGACCAGGAACACCGUGCUCACCUCUUUAACAACACCGUACUUCCUGCUUUGACCUAUGCUUCGGAAACUUGGGCAUUUCGCAAGAAGGAAGAAAACGCGGUGAGCGUCAUUGAACGCGCAAUUGAGAGAGUGAUGCUAGGUGUAUCCCUUUUCACGCAAGUGAGGGACGGGAUUCGAAGUUCUCUCCUACGUCAGCGAUCGAAGAAUAGAGGCGCCGCCGCAUUUGCCAAGGAAAGUAAAAUAAGGUGGGUCGGACACGUGAUGCGCUUCAACGACAACCGUUUGACCAGAGCCGUGAGCGACUGGGUUCCCCGCGAUAUUAAGCGCACUACAGGAAGACCGCCGACCCGAUGGUCAGACUUCUUCACGAAGUCCUUGAAGGAAAAAUUUGAUGCUCUUUGUGUCCCACGCGAAAGGAGAAACCACUGGGCUACUCUGGCACGCGAUCGGAACAAAUGGAAGAAUUACUGGCGCCCACUCGACCAGUUCGAAGAUCAACGGGAGUCAAGGUGA